UUUCAACUCAACAAUGCCAACAAAAACAGAAGCUUUCCUCUACACAAUUGUUCUUCUUCUCUUCAUCAUUCACUUGCUUUCACCUUAUUUAACUGACAUAUAUUUUGCUUAUCAAUCACAUAGCUAUGGAUCAGAGGCUAUAGCAAUCCCAGCGGCUUAUACUCACAUCUUUUCCCAGAAUCCUGACAAACGUUCAGAUGUUGUUCGUAAUUUUCUUGACGAUCAAAUGAAGAACUUUCCUGCAAUUAUUGAAGAAAAACAAGUGGUAAAAGUACUAAGUGAGGAGAGUUUUAGCCUUUUUGUUGCCAAUAAUCGGUAUGUUAUGGUGGUGUUUCAUGCAUCAUGGUCCCCUUUGUGCCGAAAAUUAGCCCCAGAAUAUGCAGAAGCUGCCAGAGAGCUGAAGGGUGAGGUUGUGCUAGCAAAAGUCUAUGCUGACAAAGAAAAAGGAUUGGAGAAGAAGUAUGGAAUCAAGGGGUAUCCAACUUGUUAUUUCUUCGUUGGUGGAGUGAAUGCUCAUCCUUGUAAUUUUGUUAGGAAGAGGGAUGCCAUUGUGAAGUGGGCAAAGAGUCAUAUGGGUCUUGGUGUCUACACUAUAAUGACAACAGAGCAAUUUGAAGAAGUAUUCACGUCUAAUUCCACAAUAGUUUUGUCAUUUCUUGACUCUUUACAGGGCCCGGAAACUGAGGAGCUUCUUGCCGCCUCGAUGCUGCAUCCUGAUGUUAUAUUUUAUCAAACUGCUAGUGCCAAUCUUGCAAGGAGAUUUCAUAAUAACUCAGAAAUCAAACUCCCUGCUUUAAUCAUGCAGCAAAAGGAGUCUCAACAUCUUAGCUACUUUAAUGGACCAUUCACUGAAUCAGAAAUAGCUUACUUCAUAUCUGUGAAUAAGAUUCCUCCAAUGAAUACACUUACUAUGGUGAAGUUUCCUGAGAUUUUCAAGCGCUGCACAAAACAGGAGAUGUCACCUCCAGCUAUUGAUGAGAAAGCUGUUGUCGUAUUAAGUGCGAAGAAUUUCGCCCAUGUUGUUGCCAAGAAUCGGUAUGUGAUGGUGGCAUUUUAUGCACCAUGGUGCUACUGGAGCCGGCAGUUGGAUCCUGAAUAUGAAAAAGCUGCGAUGGAACUGAAGGCUGAAUUAGUGCUAGCAAAAGUUGAUGCUGCUCAGGAAACAUUUUUGGCAAACAAGUAUGCAAUUGAUGGGUAUCCAACCAUAUCUUUCUUUGUUGGUGGAGUGAAGGUGUACAAUUAUUACCAUGAAAGGAAGAGCGAUGAUAUUGUGAGGUGGGCAAGGAAAAAGAUGGACCUUGGUAUAUACACUAUAAAGACAACAGAGCAAGCAGAACAAUUAUUGAUGGCAGAAUAUACAAUAGUUUUGGCGUUUCUUGAAUCUUUACAGGGCUUGGAAAGCAAAGAUCUUGCAGCUGUAUCAAAUCUUCAUGGUGAUGUCAUAUUCUAUCAAACUACUAGUGCUGAUGUCGCAAAGAUAUUUCAUAUUGACCCAGACAUCAAACGCCCUGCUAUAGUCUUGCUGGAAAGAGAGGCUCAAAAACUUAACCACUUUAAUGGGACAUUCACCAAAAAUGCAAUAGCUGAUUUUGUAUUUGUAAACAAGCUCCCUCCUGUGACCACUUUCACUAAUGAAAAUGCUCUCCAGAUUCUUAAGUCCCCAGUGAAGCAGUUAUGGCUUUUUGCCCUUACGCAUGAUUUUGAGGUGAGAUCAAUAUUUCAAGAGGUAGCCGAAGCUUUCAAAGGAAAGCUUCUGUUUGUGUAUAUGCAAAUGGAUUGCCAAAGUGCUAGUAGACAAAUUGCUCAAGAUUUUGGUAGUACAGGUCAUGCUUCAGCAGGACCAAUAAUUGUAUCUUACUCUGGCAACUCCAAUGGCAAGAAGUAUGUACUAUAUGAUGAACUGAGUAUAGGCAAUAUAAAGUCAUUUGCAGAGAAUUUCAUGGAAAAUAAGCUUCCAAGCUUGUCCAAUUCAGUGUCGAAAACAUUUCUUACGCCUCCAUACAGUGAUCGAUUCUUGUGAUUUGAUCGAACAACCCACGUUGGACUGCAAAAUGGCUGAUUGUAAAAAAGGUUGUCUCCUUUAGUGAACUUUAAUGAAAUAUUCAUAUCAAAUCAUGUAAUAACAACAAUAUUCCUGAUUAGAUAAUUUAAUUA